AUGGAUGUAAAUAAAUUAACGUACACUGUUGAACAAUUGCUGCAGCUCAAUAAUAACCUGAAACCUAAUAGAAGGAUACGUAAAAAACUUUUCUCGUUAAAACUCUGGAAUCCUAGGAAGAAAAUGUUUCCAAGAAAUAAUCUGGUAACAAACAGCUAUUGCUUAAAGUUAAAAAAAUUCUCUACAGAAGACGAUGAUGUUGAUAGAAAUAGAGAUAAUACCAUGAUGAAACUUGGUUUGCUCAAUGUGAGGUCGUUGUCAAACAAGUCAGUGGCUAUGGGUACGUUGAUGCCGUCAGGGAAUUUAUUUGAUCCAGCUCAUGGUGGUUUGAUUGUUAUGGUUAAGGAUGUGUACUCCCUCGGGCGGUUGGAUAUUCCAAAACUAACAUCGUUUGAGUGUUUAUGCGUCCAGAUCUCGAUGGCAAAUACACCAGUCAUUCUGAUGGCGAUAUAUCGUCCGGGCUCAAAAGGUGCUGACAAGCUGUUCUUUGACGAACUGAGUCAUGUGGUUGAGGGACUGAUUGUGAAUAACAUUCCGUUGUUGAUAGCUGGUGAUUUUAAUAUUCAUCUAGAGGACGCUGAUGAUUUAAAUGCGAGGCGGAUGGAAGAUUUCUUUGCAACAUUUGAUAAGAUCAGGUUUGUGCAUGGUCCAACUCACGUCAAAAAUGGAACAUUAGAUUUUGUGGCUGCUACAUCGAGUUACGAGAUUACUGAUGUCACUGUGGGAACACCAGGAGAAUUUUCGGACCAUGCCCUUAUAACGUGUUUGUUGCCCAUGCAAAAGAAACCGUUGGUAAACUCAUCAAUGACGUCAAGAAGUUUUGCAGUGUAUGGCCCAAGGAUGUGGAAUGAUUUGCCAACAGAGCUGAAAACAAAUGAGAUUGAUGAAGAGAUUUUUAGAAAAAGAAUCAAAGCGCACUUGUGGGAUAAAGCGUUUGUGAGAACUUGA